CAUUUCGCGGGGCAUCGGAGCCUCCAGUCCUUGAAGGGAAGGGGGGGGGCUGCUGUGGCGCCGGCGGGGGCGAGGCCCGGCUUAGGAGGCCGUCCCCGUUGCGGCGAAGGGGGCCUUCCUGCCCUGGCGAACUCCUGCCCGGCUGCCCCCUUCCCCGGCGCAGCGGCGGCUGCACCAUCGCCGGCGCCUCCCCUCAGCUUUCCCAGCCUUUCCUCUCCGCGACGAAGGCGCCUGCCUGGGCCUAGCCGCGCCUGAGGGGGAAUCCCGCCCGGCUCCUUCUUCCUGCCUUCCUCUCAGGCCCGCCUCGGCCUAGUCCGGGCAAGCCAUGUGAGCCGCCCUCGCCCGCUCCGUCUCCCUCGGCCCCGGCUGCUGCUCCGGGGAUGCUCUUACUGGCCGUGGGCGACGCCGACGCCGCCUCAGCCGCCGGCCCCAGCCCCGCCAUGGAGCCCCCCAACCCGGCGCUGGUCAUCCGCAUCCGCGUCCCGGACGGCGGCGCCGUGGACUGGACGGUCCACCCGGCGCCUCAGCUGCUCUUCAGGGACGUCCUGGAUGUGAUCAGUCAGGUUCUGCCUGAUGCGACAACAACAGCCUUUGAAUAUGAAGAUGAGGACGGUGAUAGGAUUACUGUUCGAAGUGAUGAAGAAAUGAAAGCAAUGCUGUCCUAUUAUUACUCCACAGUAAUGGAACAGGAAGUAAAUGGACAGUUAAUAGUGCCUCUGCAGAUAUAUCCAAGAGCCUGCAAACCUCCAGGGAAACGGAACAUACAUGGCCUGAAGGUAAAUACGCGAGCAGGGUCUGCUAACAAUAGUGGCGCAGCCGUCCCGGACUCCCUUCCAAGCAAUAGAUUGUGCAGUUUGAAGAAGUCUUCUGCAGAACUGAAGAAAAUAUUAGCUAAUGGCCAGAUGAAUGAACAAGACAUACGGUAUCGAGACAUCCUCGGUCAUGGCAAUGGAGGAACCGUCUACAAAGCAAACCAUGUCCCUAGUGGGAAAAUACUAGCCGUGAAGGUGAUCCCUUUAGAUAUUACACUGGAACUUCAAAAGCAGAUUAUGUCGGAGUUAGAAAUUCUUUACAAGUGUGAUUCGUCCUAUAUCAUAGGAUUUUACGGUGCUUUUUUUGUAGAAAACAGGAUUUCCCUUUGUACUGAAUUCAUGGAUGGGGGCUCUUUGGAUGUCUACAGAAAAAUUCCAGAACACGUACUGGGAAGAAUAGCCGUAGCAGUUGUUAAAGGCCUUACAUAUUUAUGGAGUUUAAAAAUUCUGCAUAGAGAUGUGAAGCCCUCAAAUAUGUUGGUGAACACAAGAGGCCAAGUCAAGUUAUGUGACUUUGGGGUCAGCACACAGCUGGUGAAUUCCAUAGCCAAGACGUAUGUCGGGACAAAUGCUUAUAUGGCGCCAGAACGCAUUUCAGGAGAGCAGUAUGGGAUUCAUUCUGAUGUUUGGAGCCUAGGGAUUUCCUUCAUGGAGCUUGCUCUCGGGAGGUUCCCGUAUCCUCAGGGGUGGACGCUGAACAUCAGAGAGCAUGGUGAGCCAAGUGAGUUCGUGGUACAGAUUCAGAAAAACCAGGGAUCUUUAAUGCCCCUCCAGUUACUCCAGUGCAUUGUUGAUGAGAAAGAAAGAAAGAAAGAAAGAAAGAGAAGUUCCAAGGAAGCAGUGCCACCUGAUUCUGAGCUGCAUUCUGUGCAGAAUGGUGCAAUGAAAGCCAUGCUGGUUUCUAGGCUCCCUGCCUUCCGAUGGAGCUGAUUUCCAUUCCUCCUUAGGGUCCUGGCGGGUGCCCUACGGUUUCCCCUCCUACGUUGGCUUAAUAGCAGCCUGGUUUUGUUUUCCCUCCUUGUUUCUCUCUCCCUGCUCCCCUCCCUCGGCUCUUUUUAAGAUCUAGCCCUGUUGGGGGAGAAUAAUAGUUCCCACUUAUUGUGCUAAUGUGUGUGUCUCUUUCUAAAUAAGGACCUCAUGAGAGAAGGUCUGUUUGCUUUCUGGUAUGGUGCAGCUGCUGUUGUUUUCAGUGCAUUCGUGAUAACGUGAGUGUUCGCUAUUAGAAGUGUUUAGUGUUCUAAGACUGAUGAUCUCGGGCCAAAUGCUCCCCUCUGUGGCAACUUCAUGAGAGCAAAUAAGGGCUGGCAAAGUCCUAAAAUUCACAGGGUAGGUGCCGGGUGGGGGGAGCAGAGUCACCCCCCUCCCUUUCAGUCUGCAGCUGUUUCUGCAUGGCAAGUUUCUUCCCGAACCCAUGGAUAGCAAGAUACUUUUCACAACUUUGGCUGUUACGUUCUUUACUGCACUAAAGUUAU